AAAUAGUCACGGAAGAACAAGACGUCGAAGUAAUGAAGGAACAGCCAACAUCAUACAACUUGAAACGUGAAGAAAUGUGUGGGAAGAAUAGUCCCCUAAACGAGGAAAAUCAUGAUGAACCUGGCGUUGAACUACACUCUGAUGCAAAUGGAGUGGAAAUGGGGUAUUAUAAUAAUGAUGGGAACAUAUUCACAAAACGAGAUAUUCAUUCAUUGGAGAGGAACGAAGUAGUGAUGGUACCGACCAGUGACAUUAUGAUUGCAAGUUGCGAUGACCCAAGAGGAUGUAGCAAAAAGAAAAAUGAAGAAUUAAUAAUUAAUGGCACGAGGUAUUGGAACACAGACAGACUUACCAUAAAGAAACCUAAAGCGAAUAGGGGUAAAACGGAGCAUAAAACAGAAGGAGGGACGAUGUUCGUAAGUAUGUGGGAAUCAUGGAAUCCUGAGGACAGCAGAAAUGAUGAUAUUACGGAAAAGAGAUCUACAAAUAAUGACAAAUUAGCGGAUAAAGAUCAUUGUAGUGUUGUGAGUAGUGGCACGAGGCAUGGGAAUACUGAUGGACUUACUGAUGGAAGACCUGAUGUGAGUGGAAGUGGAUUGGGAUGUCAUGAGGAUAGAGGGAUGAUAACUGAUGACCCUCUUGAUAAGAAUAAAACGGAGGAUGAAACGAAGGGAGGGAUGGUGGAGUUAAUGAUAGCAUAUGUAGACGUCAUUGCAAAACUAAUACACUGCACAAUAAUGAUCAUUGUUAUGAUGGUUCUAAUAACUAAUGGAACUGUCUCGAAAACUGAAUGUGUAAAAAUAAUGCGACGUAUUGGUAGCAUUAGCAGGAAGGCCAGUUGGUAUACAGAAAGAUGGAAAGAAAGAGAGUGCAAAAAGAAAACACAACGAAGGUUACAACCGACGAAGAUACAUACUGACCACAUCAUUAUUAAAGAAAGCACGAAGAAGGGAUAG